GGCACUGGGAAGUCCCUGGUUGGUGUGACGCAGCAUGCAUAGUCAGAAAACGCUGUCUGGUACUGGGCAACUCAGCGGUGUCUGUGGAGCAGUGGAAAGCCCUGUUCAAGAUGUGGUCUGCCAUAGAUGACAGCCAGAUCUGCCGCUUUACCUCUGACGCCAAGGACAAGCCCAUUGGCUGCUCCAUUGCCAUGAGCACCUACUCCUUGUUGGGCCAUACCACCAGAAGGUCCUGGGAGGCUGAGCGAGUCAUGGAGUGGCUCAAAACUCAGGAAUGGGGCCUGGUGAUUCUAGAUGAAGUUCACACCAUCCCAGCCAAGAUGUUCCAGCGAGUGCUCACCAUUGUGCAGGCCCACUGCAAGCUGGGUUUGACUGCAACCCUCGUCCGGGAAGAUGACGAAAUUGUGGAUUUAAAUUUUCUGAUUGGGCCCAAGCUCUAUGAGGCCAACUGGAUGGAACUACAAAACAACGGCUAAAUCGCCAAAGUCCAGUGUGCUGAGGGAUGGUUGCA